AGAAAACAAACACAAGUGGCAGAGAGUAAUGUCUUGAUGAAUCUUUUCUAGGGUUUAAUAUAGCGCGUUGCAGCUGCCCACUCGAGUCACUCUCUUUUCGAAAGAUAGCCGUGAAAGCUCUCUCCUUUGAUCUUCCAACUCUAAAUCCCCGACAGAAAUCACAAAAAAAAAAAAGCCGUGUGUCUUGUCUUAAACGCGGAUCGCGUUUGAUUCCCUCUGGAUUUUACCCGAUGGAGGAGGCAGCGAGUAAUAAUAGAUCCUCCGCCGUUUCGUCCUCUUCAGCUUCAGCCGUCUUCAGAAGGAUCGAGUUUCAUCCCGCGAGGAAACCCUGGAACGGCUUCUCUAACAAAGGUGGUUCCGAUUUCAAGUUGGAGACUUUGAAUCCCAGCUUCUCUUCUGCCAACAAGCUAGCUCUCUCUUCAUCCUCCUCCGUUAAGAAGCGAGACGGGUCCGAUUCGCUCGAUCGGGCGCUUACCUUUAGCAUAACCAUCCGUAAAAUCGGUGCGGGUUUGGAGAAUCUCGGGAAUACAUGUUUUCUUAACUCGGUAUUACAGUGUUUGACAUACACUGAGCCCUUAGCUGCUUACCUACUAAAUGUUGGCCAUGAGAAACGCUGCCACGUGGCUGGGUUUUGUGCUUUAUGUGCAAUGCAGAAGCAUGUGAGGAGUGCUCUCCAAGCUACUGGCGACACAUUAGCCCCAAAAUAUUUGGUCUCAAACCUGCGAUGCGUAUCGAGAAACUUCAGGAAUGGUCGGCAGGAAGAUGCACAUGAGUACAUGAUCAAUUUGCUAGAAUGCAUGCACAAGUGUUCUCUGCCUUCUGGUGUGCCAAGUGAGUCCUCUGAUGCUUACAGGAGCAGCUUGGUUCACAAAAUAUUCGGUGGUACCCUCCGUAGUCGGGUGCAAUGCGCGCAAUGUUCACAUUGCUCCGACAAGUUUGAUCCGUUUCUUGACCUAAGCCUAGACAUUUCCAAGGCAGAUUCGUUGCAGAGAGCGCUCACACGUUUCACUUCUGUUGAGCUCUUAGAUGACGGUGCAAAGGUUUACCAAUGUGAAAGAUGCAAGCAGAAAGUUAAGGCUACAAAACAGCUGACUGUUUCUAAAGCACCGUACGUUCUAGCUCUGCAUCUCAAGCGGUUUGAAGCACAUAGUUCCGAUAAAAUCGACCGGAAAGUCGAGUUUCCCUCUGCAGUUGACUUGAAACCUUUUUUCAGUGGUCCGAAUGACGGUGACUUGAAGUACACUCUGAAUAGUGUUUUAGUUCAUUAUGGUCGAAGUAUUCAUUCUGGUCACUAUUCAUCCUUUGUUCGCACUUCAACUAGUGGCAUGUGGUAUUCCCUUGAUGACAACAAGGUUUCCCAAGUUAGUGAGAAGAUUGUGUUCAAUCAGAAGGCGUAUAUGCUAUUCUAUGUCCGUGAUAGACAGAACACGGCCCCAAAGAAUACGCCUGCCAUGGUUAAAAAAGAGAGUCUUUCCACAAACAGAGUUCCUAUGGUUAUAUCUUCUAACAGAAAUGAUCGAGUGAGUGGUUCAGCAGUCAUGAAAGCAUCUAGUUUGAACGGUCUUGGUGCCAAUGGUACAACACCCUUGAGAUCAUGUAAUCAAGGUGCUGCUGCUGCUGGCAUAUCCCAAAGAGAAUCAAAUUCCAAAGAGAACCUUCAGAAGGAACUGCCACCAUCACAGGCUAAUGGGGAAGGAUCUUUGGUAAAGGAGAAUAUAAAGGCUGCAAGCGCAACGCUACCAGGGAAGGUUUCCCCUCUACUGGAUGGCAGUGGAAACGCUCAAAUUCUUGUGAACUUGCCGACUUCUGUAGCUAAAGCUGAGGAGACUCUCACCACACCAAGAAAGACUCGCAAGGGCAAAACAAAAACGACCCUGCAAGUGGGAUCAAGACUUUUUAAGCUGGCCCUUGGCGUACGCAAAAAGAAGAAACAGAAGAAGGGAAGAUCAAGUACCUUUGCUGGUAAGGUUAUUUCUGAGGAGGUUCUAUCAGAGAAAAGAGCUGAAGAUCAAGAGCGUUCCACGUCAGAGAUAACUAGCGAAGUUGCUUCUGGCUCUUCUUGCUCGCCUGGGAAGAGUGUCCAUAAUGAAAGGAAAAUGAAUAGUAAUGGGAAUAUGUUGCUUGGCUCUGCGACGACUGGAGAUCUCAAUGAGAGAGCUAAUAAUCAAAAUGGUGCCGUUCUUGCUUCAGACCAACAACCACCGUUAAGGAGUUCUGGCUUACCUAAAGCAAGCCAAGUCGCCAAAAGAAAGAGAGAGCCGUCAAAAGAUGAACAAAUCGUGUUGCAGAAAGAUGAGCCGACGAUUCUCACCCGGGGUUUGCCAGAGACAGUUGUUGCCAAAUGGGAUGAGGAAGUCUCGGCUUCUAAGAAGAUGGGAAUGAGUGAAGGCACUAAAAUCGGUUACGUAGCAGAUGAGUGGGAUGAGGAGUAUGAUAGAGGGAAGAAAAAGAAGAUAAGGAUCAAAGAGGAGAUGUAUGUAGGACCGAACCCGUUCCAGGCGUUUGCAUCAAAGAAACAGACAGACACAAAGAAGAAAUGGACGCAACGCAUGAACACCGCAAAGACAGGUUUCCGGAAAUGAGAAUAAGAACAGAGCCUCCAUAAUCUAUAAAAAAAAAAAAGAAUAUGUAAUACACUUUGUUGCUGUAUUUGGCAGAAACUAAUGUUAACAACAGAGGAAGAGAGAGAGAGGCUAUAGACGUUUGGAGAUUGUUUUUGUGAUCUCUUUUCCUCUCAGUUUUAGUCUCUCUAGUAAUGCAGUGGUUUUUACUCAACACAGAGGUUCAUACUAAAUUUUUUUACACAUUGUAAUAAAAGAGAAUCAUGUUUGCGCA